GGCUUUGAAAGAUGUCAGGCGCUUGAUCCACGAGCGGCUUUCCACGACGCAUUACCAGUCGGAUGCUGCAUCGAUAGUGGUGCGAACACUGUGCUUAGAGGCGAGUGCUGAAUUCCGCCAUUCUGAACUCUUCGAUUGGCAUAUGUUGGUAAGGAACCUCCGUUGCGAACCUGUGCGCGGAAGCUCCGCAGGUGCUGCUUAUGCCGGUGGAGGGAUUGAUUGAAAACGGAUGCGAACGAGUGAAGGAUCGAGCAUCUCCACCACUUCGACCAGCGUGGUCAUGGAUGGUCGCUACCAGUACGGCGUUGGGAGAGACAACCAAUACUAUCAUCGGCUAGAAGCUGAUCCGGAAGAAGAUGGCUUCAUUGCGGACUAUGAGGACGAAGACAACCUAAUGCCUGUACUGGAGAAGAUCAAGCCAACAUCCAACGGGCAUGAAGAGAAAAUUAGGCAACCUACCUAUCGAUACCGGAAGGCCAGACAUCGCUCAUCGCAUCCACCAGACCCCGUUGAUAGCGGCAUCUUCCCCGUCUACGCGGAGGUCAAGGUCGAGGAGCGCGACGAGACAGAGGUUGAUCCAUUCGAGCACCUGCGACAUGGCUUCAUCCAAUGUCCAAGCAGGCCCAUGGGGCAGUCUCGAUACCCAGCAGAUGUGCCGGUUGCCUUCGGAGAAACAAGAAAAAGCACAUCAAAGGUCUAUAUGGAACAGGAUAAUCCACAGGGGACGACGGACAGCCCCACUGAACAGCUGCCGCCGUCGCCAUUACCCGAUAAGAAAUAUUCAUCUCAGCACCAACAGAGACAAUUCGUGUACCCGCCUGAAACCCAUUUUGAUGAGUCCAACGGCGGCGUGGAAAGGGUGUUACAUCAUGCUGGAUACGAUCACAGGGAGCAACCAAUGGAGCACGAGAGUGACGAGGAGAGUGUGCCUUCAAUGCCUCCACUCAUCCCUAGUCGGCCACACGUGGCGAGGAACUACUUCGAUGACGAGCACGUACGGCCGUCAAUGCCUCCCCCUGAGGAGAGCUUGCCACCACCGGAGCGCGCCAGCCAACAUCCUCGGGAUUGCGACUGUCCGGCCUGUGCUGAAACACGGCAUCCGCUCAACUGCCAAUGCCCGGCCUGUGCUAAAGUCAGGCAUCGCCGUAACUGUCGGGGGUGUCCGAAAUGUGUUCAUUCCAAGAGGCAUCAUGGCAAGUCUUUCAAGCUGUCGAGGCAUCAUGGCAAGUUGAGGUCUCCAAGUGCCCAUCAUUCUGCACAGGAGUAUGGUUCAUCAGUCGAGUAUGCCAACCCGUCGCCCCGUUCCUCGCAGGUGCUGCGCCCAAGUGGCCGUGGCAGCACGUCACCAAAUAUUACCCCGUCACAGCCUUACCUCGUACAGCAUUCACCCACGGCCACGCUAGCGUCGUCUCCUACUUACCAACCUAUGUCCUACCACCCAAUUGGAAUAAACCCCAUGUCACCCUAUCAGACGAGGUGUAUCAAAACAAGCGAGGGGCUCAUCCGAGCCGUCCGGGCUCUGCCGCAAGAAAAGCUCGAUCAGAUCAAAGCUGAAAUCAUCGGUGAGCCGCAGCGUCGCCAGUCACGCCAAGCAAGCAGCGACGUAGCCACUGUCACGCCGAAAACAACACCGUUCCCGCCAUUCAUCGCUCCACCGCAACCGCGGCCAGAGGGAAUUUCCACUCGUAAGGGAGGUCAGCAAAUUCAGCUGUGGCAGUUCCUAUUCGAGCUGCUGACGUCGGGUGCGCAGUACGCGGAUAUGAUCGCGUGGACCAAGGACAGGCGCGGCGAGUUCAAACUUCUCCAGCCAGACGAGGUGUCACGCCUGUGGGGCCUGCGUAAGAACAAAACCGGGAUGAACUACGACAAAAUGAGCCGUGCAAUGCGCUACUACUACGACAAGGGAGUUAUGGAAAAGGUAAAGAUUCCAGGUCAGCGAUAUUGCUACUGCUUCUCGGAGAGUGUGCUGCAGUCCUUGGCUAGCUUCAAGCCAGGUCACAUGACUCCCUCUCCGCGCCGAGAGCAGGAGAAGAUCCCGUGGGAGGACAUUGUUAUCCGCCGCAGCAGCACCAGCUCGACUCACGGCAUGAUGGUGGACGGUGACAUGUUGGAUGCCAGCGAUCGCGGAGACACCAGCAACGCCUCCGAUGCGCUGGCCAGCUCCGACAGGCCAAGCGCCAGCGGAGGCGAGAGUGGCGUAGCAUCGGCGCGCUGUACACCUCCAUCGGCGCAGCACUCACCAACGGGGCAAGACAUGCCUUGCAGAAUAGGCCGCUAUCGCCCGUACCCAGCAUCAGAUCCAAGAAAAUUCCAUCGUCGCCGUAGUAGUGAGCAGGCAAGAUCCCCAAUGGCACCACCGCCACCUCACACGCUACCCUUGUCACCUGUGACGGUUGUUUCGCCAAUGUCAGGCACGCCGCAGCUGGUGUACCAAGCAGCCCCGUCACCGGUCUACACAACCUUGCCACCCAUGACCAGGAUUGUCAUUGCACCAUCGGCUGUUGUGCCGCCUGCUACUUCGGUCGUUACACCUGUGUCGAUCGUCUCCCAGCCACGUCAACUCGUCGCAGAGUACCCGGCCGACGGUCAAAUGACUGUUAUGCAAGUCUACCCGAGCAAAUGGGAAGAUCAAUCUCCAUCCGCUAUACAGUGAGGAUGUCAUGAUGGGUCCAUUCGGUUGUUUGGUCUCGGAAUCUCUCUCUCUCUCUUUCUCUUGCUCUCUCUCUCUCUCUCUCUCUCACCCCAUUUUGACCAUUUGACGCCCAUCGCCAGAGGCGAUGAUAACGAUGCUACAGCAGAAGCCACGGCAACUUUUGCUGGGAUUUCACCAUUAAACGGCUUGCAAGGCUGAAGAAUUGACUGCCACUAUUCAGCCUGGUCUACACCACACAGCCAUGAAGUGGGUUUUCUGGCCAGUGAAUCCCUAUUUUUUGGUCUCUUUUCAUUUUUUCCCACACACACAUCACACCACAUACUCCGGCAUGCACUGGCUGUUGGUAACCACCCAGGAUUAUGAAAGAAAAGUCAGGAGGAGUCUGAGGAAGAGAAGAAAGACAUGUGCGACCACAAUCGUUGGGAAUCUAACCCGCAACCUCUCGAUUAGAAUUUGCUGCCCAUACCACUGCACCAUAUAGGACACACGCACACACACACACAUACACGCAAACACACUCACAUUGAUUUUCAUUCAUUUAAUAUUGCUAUUUUAUAAUUCAUUUUCGAACAGAUGAACCAAGUGUCCUAGUGUAACUCUAUGCAUAGAGCACAGGUUGAUCCUUGACAACAGGCCAAUGCGUUCGAUGUGAGUGUUUGUGCAUAGUGUACAAGUGUAUCAUCUAUUGAUCAAGUACAACUCGAGGCCACAAUCUUGUUUAUGAAUUUCACUACUCUGGAUUUUCUAUAAGUGGUGCAGUUUUACAUUCGUCAGGAGAUACCUGACCCAUUUGAGAGCGAGAGAGAGAGCGUUUUAUGUAGCACACCUGAUGAUUUGUGCGAGAUCAUUUUAGCCACGAGACCUUUUGAUUCAUAUCGAUAUUUUGCACAUAAAUUCCUUUCUAUUAUUGUGGUACAUGUGAAUUUGAUCAUUGGUGCUCGUUGAAUAGUUGA